AUGGAGGUUUGUGAAAACUUGAUCGACAGUAUCCACAGAUCCUUCACUGGUGGUGGCAUACAUUUCGCAUCUCCAGCUUUGUCUUUGAGGACAAAUGAGUUCGACCUGGUUCGAGGAGUGUUGCAAAUGCUUCAAGGUCUAGCGAGUUCACUAUUCUCUUGGAAUGAGACGAGGCAGUGUUUUCACUACAAAAAGGGGAUUUUCUUGAAUUGUCUUUCACAGACGAGUUUGUAUCGUAUCCUUGAUCAGUUUUCAUAUGCUGCAACUUGUUUACGACUAGUUGAUAUUAUGGUGAACAAAAUUGAGAAAUCUAAGAGCUCGACUCCGCCAACUCUAAGAGCAUUUUCUUGUUCUGUUAGCACGUGGCUUACAAGUAUGCGAGAAGUUGCUCUGAAAGAAGAGGUGAAAAUCAAUAACCCAAAUGUUACUACUGCUGUGUCAAUCUUGGGAUUGUCCAGUUCUUUAUCAAGCCUUUGCGCAGGAGCUGAAUAUUUGUUUCAAAUAGUGCAUGGAGCCAUUCCUCGGUACUAUUUUGAUCUUGAUGCCUCUGUCCCAGCUGCUGAUAUAGCUGUUCACAUUCUGAAUCAUCUUUACAUGAAGCUCAAUGAAGUUUGUCUUGUGGAUGGGGGAGAGGAGGAUGCAUUCCGAAUGUUAUUUUAUAUAUUUGUAGGAAGUUUGCUACCGUAUAUUGAGAGCCUUGAUUCUUGGCUUUUCCAGGGAACUCUUGAUGAUCCUUUUGAGGAGAUGUUUUUCAUUGUAAACAAAAAUAUUGCAAUAGAGGAGGCGGAAUUUUGGGAGAAAAGCUGUCAGUUGAAAUCGGCUAUGCCGGAAAAACCAAGUCUUGCCAAUUUGGCCGCAGAAUAUCGGCUUUUAGCUAAAGACAAAAAAGAUAUAACUGGCAGAGCAUCCAUAUCUUUUCCGAAUAUGGAAAUGGGGAAACAAGAUAAUAAUAAAGACUUUCAAGUUUGUCCAUUCUUCUUUAAAGACAUUGCUAAGGCAAUUGUUUCUGCUGGAAAAUCACUGCAGCUUAUCCGGCAUGCUCCUACAAGAUCUGUUUUGGCAAUUUCUGGUGGUUCUGUUGAGAAUGGGUGUAGCGUAGAUGAGCUAACCUUAUUGGAGGUAUUUUGUGUGUCACUAACAGCUCUGAUUGGCGACGGUGAUCAUAUUGCUGAGGGUUUAUGGAAAGAUGGGAAACAUUUGACCAGACCCAUUGAGGAGACUCUGGCUGUAGAAGAGAUCAGUAGGAGCUUAGGGGGCAAUAUGCAGUCAAAAAAGGUCUGGCAGAAGUUAUUGGAUGACACACUAACACAAAAAAGUUAUACGGGUUUAACAUCAAGGAAAGCUUCACAUAAUAUGAAGGGAUUGGAGAUUAUCUCGGAUGAACUUGACAUGCUUCCAAGAAAGUAUUGUCCUGAAAAUCCAGCUAUUACUGUUUGUCGUGGGAUUCUUUGGGAGAACAGAGAUUCUUGGAGCUCACUGAAUGUUUCUCAAGCUUUUGAUCUCCCUCCUUUGAAUGAUGAGUGCCUAAGAAAGGCAAUAUUCCAUAAUAGUGGUAUGAAUUCUACUUCAGAUUCUCAGUUUGGCGAGGUGGAAAGUGUGAGAUUCCUAGAAGAUGCAAAAAUGCUUGAGGUUUUGCUUCCAUUUCCUACCCUUCUUCCAUCUUGCCAGGAUGACCUUCAGAUAUCAGAAGUUUUACCCUUCCAGAAUAACUGCACGCUUCCCUCAAGAACACUCGGCUGGAUUCAAAAUGUUGAGCCUAAGGGUACUCCAUUGCCUUCAGCUAUUCUUCAAGAGUGCCUUAUCACCUACAUUAAGAAGCAGGCCGAUUAUAUUGGCAGGACUAUGCUGUCCAAAUUACUUGGUGACUGGAGAUUGCUAGAUGAGUUGGGUGUGUUGCGUGCUAUAUAUUUAUUAGGAUCGGGUGAUCUACUGCAGCACUUCUUGUCGGUGAUCUUCAAUAAGCUAGACAAAGGAGAAUCCUUAGACGAUGAUUUUGAGUUGAACACGAUAUUGCAGGAAUCAAUAAGAAACUCUGCUGAUAAUGUGUUGCUAAAUACACCUGAUUCAUUGGUUGUGUCAGUCAACAAAAAUGUGGAUUUUAGUGAAGAUGAACCUGUCAAUCAAUCUGUUCCUGUUUCAACUCCUCGUAAAGGUAGAGCACAGAGCUACAGUAUGGAUGUCCUCGACUCUCUGCAGUUCACAUAUAAGGCAUGCAGUUUUGGCAUAUUUGUCUCUUGGCCCCUCGAACUUAUAGCCAAUUUAGAAGCAAUGAAGAAAUAUAAUCAGGUGAUGAAUUUCUUAUUGAAAGUAAAACAUGCAAAAUCUGUGCUGGAUAAGGUUCGGAGGAUGAUGUGGAAGGAUAGAGGCAUUGCAACAAGAAAACAAAAGCAUCACUGGUUACUAGAGCAAAAAUUGCUUCAUUUCGUUGAUGCCUUUCAUCAAUAUGUCAUGGACAGGGUAUACCACAAUGCAUGGCGUGAGCUUUGCGAGGGUGUGACAUCAGCUGGAACUCUAGAUGAAGUCAUCGAUGCACAUGAGACCUACUUGCUAUCAAUCCAGAGACAGUGUUUUGUCGUGCCAGACAAGCUGUGGGGAUUGAUUGCUAGUCGUAUAAACAGUAUCCUUGCCUUGGCCCUAGAUUUCUACUCCGUACAGCAGACCCUAAGUAGCGGUGGAUCAAUUUCUGCAAUCAAAGCAAGAUGCGUGAAGGAAAUGGAGAGGAUAGAGAAACAGUUUGAUGACUGCAUGGCCUUUCUUCUCAGGAUUUUAUCUGUGAAGCUCAAUGUCGGACAGUUCCCUCACUUGGCAGCUCUUGUUACUCGUAUAAACUACAAUAACUUCUACAUGUCUGAUGGUGGGACUCGGCUAACUGUCCCUGCUCUUUCUGCCACUUCCCGUCCAACUUAA